UCUUCCUUUCCCAAACCCUCUUCUGCCCUUUUGCCCCUGCAACGCCUCCCCAUCUCUCUCCUCCUCUCCUUGCCCUUCGCCAACUAAAUCUCUCUCUCUCUAAUUCUCACUGCCCCUCCUUCAAAUCUCUCCCUUCUCUCCCAGCACCCGCCAAGGCCAACUUCCCUUCUCCCUCUCUCGGUUCAAAAACAAUCUCAUCUUCGGCCUACUCAAAACCUAGUUCUUGGUUUCUUCUAGAUCUCUUGCUCCUCCUUCCUCCUCCCACCAAUUCGUUUCUGGGAUUCGUUCCUUGAGCUCUCUGCCACUGUUUCCCCCCAGAAAUCUCGUGUUCUGAUAUCGGGUUUCGCUGCGGACGGGGUUCGCUCCUUUACUCCAUAACCGAGGAUUCGGUGAUCGACGAGGCUUUGAGCUAAAGGUUGUUUCUUUAUUGGAUAACUUAUACAUCGCCACCAAGGUUUUGAGCUAAAGGUUGUUUGAUAAUUUAUAUAUGGCCAACCAUGAUCUGGUUCUCGGACAGAACCCUGAUCUCGCCCUCGGGCAGAGCCAUGACCUGGUUAUCGGGCAGGGCCACGGCCUUGGCCUGGGGCAGAGGCAUGGUCUCGGUCUGGGGCAUGCCCAUGACCAUGAGCUUGGUUUACGGCAGGCACAUGAGCAUGAUCUUGGACUUGGGCAUCACCAUGACAGCCGUUUGGUUCUCGGCCACCACCAUCCCCAUGACCAUGACCAUGAUCACAGCAAUGAACUGGCUCUGGGUCAGAACCAUGAUCCUGAUCCGGAUGCCCUUGCUGCACAGAACCAUGAGCUGGGUCUAUCAGACAACCAUGAAUUGGCUCUUGCUGAAGGUCAUGAUCUUGGCGUCGAACACAACCUGGACCAGUUGUCUGUUGAGCAGGCUCAGGAGCUUGGUCUCCAAUCCAGCCACGAUAUAUCACAGGCUCACAUGUUAAUUCCUCAGGUCCUGCAGUCUCGCAGGAUCAUUGUGAACCCCGAACAGCAGCUCACUGUAGGCCAGGAGUUCCCAGAUGUCAAAGCCUGCCGGCGGGCGUUGCGGGAUAUGGCCAUUUCUUGCCAUUUUGAGAUACAGACAGUGAAGUCGGAUAAGACUCGUUUCACUGCAAAGUGCGCAGCUGAGGGUUGUCCAUGGCGUGUUCAUGCUGCCAAGCUUCCUGGAGUGCCCACUUUCACAAUCAGGACUAUCCAUGAGAGCCAUUCCUGCUCUGGAAUUAACCAUCUUGGGCAUCAGCAGGCGUCAGUUCAGUGGGUUGCAAGUUCUGUGGAGGAUCGGCUUCGGGAGAACCCACAGUAUAAGCCCAAGGAGAUACUGGAAGAGAUCCACAGGGUGCAUGGAAUCACUUUGUCCUACAAACAGGCAUGGAGAGGGAAGGAACGGAUCAUGGCUUCUGUCCGCGGGGCCUUUGAAGAAGGCUAUCGUCUCCUACCGCAGUACUGUGAACAAGUUAAAAGGACAAAUCCAGGAAGCAUUGCAUCAGUUUAUGGAAAUCCAGAUGAUAAUUGCUUCCGCCGCCUUUUCAUCUCAUUCUAUGCUUCCAUAUAUGGUUUUGUUAAUGCAUGCCGCCCACUUAUUGGGCUCGAUAGGACUCUCUUGAAAAGUAAAUAUCUCGGGACCUUGCUCCUUGCCACAGGGUUUGAUGGAGAUGGUGCUCUAUUUCCUCUAGCAUUUGGGGUGGUUGAUGAGGAAAACGAUGAGAAUUGGAUUUGGUUCUUAUCUGAACUGCAUGCUCUGCUUGAGGCCAACACAGAGAAUAUGCCAAGGCUCACAAUCCUGUCAGACAGGCAGAAAGGAAUUGUAGAUGGGGUAGACUUCAACUUCCCGACCGCCUUUCAUGGGUUCUGCAUGCGCCACCUCAGUGAAAGUUUCCGCAAAGAGUUCAACAACACUAUGCUUGUCAACCUCCUCUGGGAAGCUGCCCAUGCUCUCACAGUUAUUGAAUUUGAAGCCAAGAUAUUGGAGAUUGAAGAGAUAUCACAGGAGGCUGCCUUCUGGAUCAGACGCAUUCCUCCUCGUCUCUGGGCUACAGCUUAUUUUGAGGGAACACGGUAUGGGCACUUGACAGCAAAUAUUGCUGAGUCACUAAAUAGUUGGAUACUUGAAGCCUCUGGGCUUCCGAUAAUUCAGAUGAUGGAGAGCAUCCGACGGCAGUUGAUGACCUGGUUCAAUGAGCGUCGCGAGACAAGCAUGCAGUGGACAACAAUCCUUGUACCAUUGGCUGAGCGGCGUGUAUCAGAUGCCAUAGAACGGGCACGGGGCUAUCAAGUAGGACGAGCAAAUGAGGCGGAGUUUGAAGUCGUCUCCCCUCACGAGGGAACAAAUAUCGUAGACAUUCGCAACCGCUGCUGUUUGUGUCGAGGGUGGCAGCUCUAUGGUUUGCCUUGUGCUCAUGGGGUGGCAGCACUCCUCUCUUGUCGACAGAAUGUUCAUAGGUACACUGAGAGCUGUUUCACCGUUGCCACUUAUAGAAAGACCUAUUCGCAGACAAUACAUCCCAUUCCAGAUAAGAGCCUUUGGAAGGAACUCUCAGAAACAAAUCACAAUGGAGGGGAAAAAAUUGAGAUAGUCAUAAACCCUCCCAAAUCCCUCAGGCCUCCGGGCAGGCCAAGGAAGAAGAGAGUUCGCGCAGAGGACCGUGGUCGAGUCAAGCGAGUCGUGCACUGCAGCCGGUGCAAUCAAACAGGUCAUUUCAGAACAACAUGUGCAGCACCCAUAUAACAGCUGCCUUUGGUGGCUACAUUCCUGUGGAAGUGUUUGGUGUGCUUUUCCUAUAUGAGCUUCCAGUGAGCAGAUUCCUUGCAGAUAGGGAUAAUUUUUUAUCUUCUUUGUUGUGCCUCUAGGAAAAUGCUCUUGGUUUUAAUUUCUCAGAAUGCUUUGUCUUAAUAAUGUUGUGAUCUUCAGUUUCCGAUCAAUUUGGCAGCAUCUGACAGUGAAGUCAUUGUACAGUAUAAUAUGAGAUGACCAUUUUGUUCUAAGUGGUUCUUGAUUUUUUGAGUCUUCGUCGAACUAAAAGUUAUUUCUUAGCUUUUUCUUCA